CCGGUGCUAACAAAGUGUGCUGUGAUCGGCAGUAAUUCGCUGAACGAGAGUUUCGCUUCGACAGUCGCAGAUCUUUGAUAACACCCGACCCCACAACGUGAUAACAACAGGAUGUCUACCGAGAGUGAACGUUUGCAAAAUCGGAAAGAGGCGGUAUGGUCAGCAUUUUUAUACAUAGUCUCUUAUUUGCGGGAUAAAGAUUUUAAAGACUAUCCCGAUUUGGUGGAAACUAUUGACGAGGAGCUUCAACGAGUACAUGCAGAAAUGCAUAGUUUUCUGCCACGAUUUGAAGAACUCAGUGGCGAUUCUAUGUGUAGAAAGAAUUUGCUUCACUUCUAUCUCUCUGCACGCAGUAGGCUGGAAAGAAUUAAGUAUGGAUUGGAAGCAGCUGACAAGCAGGCAAUGCCAACUAGUUCCACGGGACUGAAUAAUAGUGCCAAGCCACCCGCGGCGAAAUCCUUGAACACGUUUUACAAUGGAUUUUUGGCUCAGUUCCGCAAAAUUGUAUCGUUUGAGAGCUGCCCGCACCUAUCCAGAUCCGAGCGUAUCCUGCGGCUCAUCAGAGAGUUCGAAACGGCCAUCGUAGCUGCGCGCGCCGUCACCGCCAGGGGUGGAAAUCUGCUAAUCGAUGAAUUGCUGGUGUCGUUGGCGUUGAGCAAGCUGGACGAGGAUACUCUGACGCAAGUUACGCAGCACCGUGACCCCGAAAUCAUCCCGUCCUGGGCGGAUUUUCGCGAACAGCUUUUGCGUUUAACGACGACGGUGGCACCAUGUGUACAAUCCUAAGGACAACCUUAUGGAUUGCAAAAGGAUUUGGCUAAACCUACAGAUGUGACGAUGUUAGCUACUGAAAAACGCACCGUUGAGUAAACUGUUUGGGGCAAGCGUUACCGACCAGAUGCUUGGCCAAAUACUUCUUGGAAAAAAACAUUUCACUUUGAAGCAAUUUGAAAUACCAAUUUGAAUUACCACGCGGGGAAUAGCAGAAAAUGGAUCUAUCCCCAUACUUGCUUCCAUGCUGAACAAACAAGAUUGCAAUGGUUCUAUCAUCAUGUACUGCACUAAAUUUCACUUGUAAUGUUACUCAAUUCGUCGAUGAAUUACUACGCAUCCAUAUGAAAGCCCAUUAUUUGAAGAAAGAGGAAUUGCAACGCAUUCGAUUGAAGCAUAUUGCAUGAGUCAAUCAAUUGGACACUAGGAGCCAGAGUCUUACUUGAACCUGAAACUGCUAGUUAUGUUGAAAACUGCCGUUGCAGUUGAAUAUCAGAAUUUACCAUACCACAGAUGAUGU